AAGAAAACAAGAAUGCUGUGUAAUCCAUCUUUAUAAGCCUCUCGGUGGAGUUUUCCGGCAGGAGUUUCAGAUUUCAGGCAGUCUCAGUGUGCUUGUGGGUAUAAUUGGAGUACUACUGUGGAGGCGAUGGUGCUUUUCCCAUCCCUUCUUGAUGCGUGGACAAAAACUGAAUCAAUUGAUGUUGGAAAGGAAACUGCAAAAACAUUGGCAAAGGAAGCCAGGAAGAAUGAUCAGUUGAUUUUAAGUUCUUCAGCCACUGUCAAGUCCAAAAAAUCUGACAACUAUGUGUCAGUGUGCUCUAAAAGAGGCCAGAAGGGGAUUAAUCAGGAUUGCUUAAUUGUUUGGGAGGAGUUUGGAUGCCAACAAGACAUGAUGUUUUGUGGCAUUUUCGAUGGGCAUGGGCCAUGGGGACACCUUGUAGCAAAAAGGGUGAGGAAAUCAUUGCCUGCUUCUUUACUGUGCAAUUGGCAAGAAACUAUAUCUUCAACCUCACUUGACCUGGAUUUUCAAAUGGAAGUGGAUAGAAAUCUUCGUAGGCUUGAUAUAUGGAAGCAAUCCUACUUGAAAACUUAUGCUGCUGUUGACCAGGAGCUUAAGCAUCAUCCCGGAAUUGAUUCUUUUCGUAGUGGUACUACAGCUCUCACAAUUGUUAAACAGGGUGAACAACUUGUCAUAGCAAAUGUUGGCGAUUCUCGGGCUGUGCUGGCGACGACUUCUGAUGAUGGCCAUUUGGUACCACUUCAGCUUACCAUCGACUUUAAGCCCAAUUUACCUCAGGAGGCAGAGAGAAUAGCAGAGUCGAAAGGACGAGUGUUUAGUUUUGAGGAUGAGCCUGGGGUGUACAGGAUGUGGAGGCAGAGGCACAAUGGGGAGACACCAGCUGGGCUAGCUUUGUCGAGAGCCUUGGGGGACUUCUGCCUAAAGGACUUCGGUCUUAUUUCUGUGCCGGAUGUGACGCAAAGGGAGAUAAGUAAGAGAGAUAAAUUUGUGAUUUUGGCAACAGAUGGUGUAUGGGACGUUGUUUCCAACCAAGAAGCUCUGCAGAUUGUUUCUUCCACAGCAGAUAGGGAAAAAUCAGCUAAAAGGCUGGUAGAGUUUGCUGUUGGAGCAUGGAAACAGAAGAAACGAGGCUUUGCCAUGGAUGACAUCUCAGCUAUUUGCCUCUUCUUUCACACUUGAACCUCUCUCAACCAAUCCACCCCCAUCACUACGAAAAGCUGGCCAAUUGCUUAUUGCCAUUGCCAUUGCCUUCAAGUUGUAAUUAAGCUUGUUGUAUAAUAUAUAUGUACAUGUAAACCACUUGUUUGUGUGCUAUGAGAAAUAUUAUGA